GAGAUGGAGUUUCGCUCUUGUUGCCCAGGCUGGACUGCAAUGGUGCAAUCUUGGCUCACUGCAACCUCUGCCUCCUGGGUUUAAGCAAUUCUCCUGCCUCAGCCUCCUGAGUAGCUGGGAUUACAGCACCAAAAAGGAAACUAGCUACCCAGCCCAGUCCAGUCAUGCAGGUGCAGGAUGAUGGAGGCAACAUCAUCCCCUUUGCCAAGUGUUCCAGGGUGGUCAGCCGAUCUCCACCACCAAGGUUGCCUUCCCAGAGCCUCAGACUCAUGCCCCAGCGUUAUGGAGAUGUCUUCUGGAAGAACCUCAGUCAAAGGCCCAGCCUCACUUGGCUGGAGGAGCAGCACAUUCCACCCAUGCUGAGAGCCACUGGUUGCUCCCAGCUUGGUCUGUAUCCUCCUGAGCAGCUCCCACCCCCUGAAAUGCUUUGGAGAAGAAAGAAGAGGAGGCCAUGUUUGGAAAGAAUGCAGCAGCAGGGGCUUGGGGGUGUCCCCGCCCGGGUGAGAGCUGUCACUUACCACCUGGAGGACCUAAGAAGGCGUCAGAGCAUCAUCAAUGAACUAAAGAAGGCCCAGUGGGGCAGCUCUGGGGCUGCAUCUGAGCCAGUGGUGCUUGGCGAAGAGGGCUGUGGAUUUCCCAGCACCAAUGAAUACCCUGAUCUGGAAGAGGAGAGGGCAACCUAUCCACAGGAAGAGAACAGUUUUCUGACUCCUGGCAGGGCCCAGCUGCUUUGGUCUCCCUGGAGUCCCCUGGGUCAGGAGGCGGCUUGUGCCUCCAGGCAGCUGCACACUCUGGCCUCCUUCAGCACUGUCACAGCCAGGAGGAACCCCCUUCACAAUCCCUGGGGGAUGCAGUUGGCAGCGUCUGAAGAGUAAAGAGAAACCACCGAUGCCGAGAUACUGGUGGUGCCCCAGGGACCCAAGACUAGUUCCGUCACUAGAGUCACCCCCAUUGCUGACAUGAAGGCGUUUCCCCUUCCUUAGCCUCUCCAACUGCCUUUCCCAUCCUCUGAACUAGGCAUUAACAGCCCCCCUGGGCUCCCAAAUCAACCCACCGCUCUCACAGGAGCACCCCAAGUCCUGUUUUCCUCCAGGCCCCGCCCCUGGCCUUGUGUUCUCUCUGCUCUGUUAUUAAAAAGCAAGCAAGUGGA